UUUCCAAGGAAACUUAUCAGAAAAUUGGAAAAUGUGGAAACAACAAUUUCUACUGUACCUAGGCUACAUGAUAGCAAGUGGUGGGGAUGACAAAGAUGAACCUGUUAAAAUCGCGAUCUUAAGGCUGGUCCAGACGCUCCAUUUUGCACAACGUUUUGUCUCCGCAUUUCAAGACAUUGCAGACAAAACAUUGCGUGUGGACCGGAAAACUGCGCAGUUUUGAGUCCGUCGGGAGGACUGCACAGUUGCAGCGAUAACUGAGCUCGUGAGCUCUGAAAACCGUGACCUGUGCAGACAUGUCAUUGCGUGUGGACACUUACUCUGUUUUCCAAUCCGUUUUGUUCCUCAGUUUUCUCUAAUCAUCCGACCAUGGCAGAUCUUCGGCAAUGUUCUCGCGAGUUUUUGAUGGAUUUUAUUUCACUUUAUGAAAGUUUUCCGUGCAUUUGGCGUGUUAAAUCCAAAGAGUACAGUGACAGGGACAAAAAGGGGGAAGCAUACGAGAGAUUGGUUGAAAAGUUCAAAGAAAUAGAUGUCAACGCGAGCAGGGAGACAGUGGUGAAGAAAAUCAAUUCUUUGAGAAGCGUUUAUCGCAAAGAAUUGGCAAAGGUAAACAAAUCGAUUCGAUCUGGGGCUGGAGAAGACGAAAUUUGCAAGCCAUCUCUGUGGUAUUUCGAUUUGCUGCAUUUUCUCAAUGAUCAGGAGACACAAGGCCGUCGAGGAAUACCAUGGACGAAAGUGAAGAGUCUGUAAACUGCGACGAAUCAUCACAACUAGUAAGAAAAAACAACAAAAUUUCCUAUUAUUACCUAAUCGCUUUAUUAACUGAAACAUAUUCUUUUAUUUAAUAGGUACAAUCAGCUUUUAAAAUGUUUAUUACAAGUAUCUACUAAAAAAUUACAAGUACCAAAUAAUAUUUUAUGUACGCCAUUAAUUGUUCAAAGUUAUAAAUCUAUCUUGCCAAGGAACAGAAGACCCCUCAUUGUUAAAGUACUCCUUGAAAUGAUCUCUGACCCCAUUAGCAUUGUUCAACAUGUGGCCUCUUGGUCCACGCUGUAGGUCGUGCAUUAAUUCUGGGUUACAUCUUUCACCCAAUUCAACAGUACAUUCAGAAAUAUUUUCCUGAUCCAUACUUUCUGGAGGGGUGUAGUUUUGGAGGGACUUUCUCCGCAAAAAGUUGUGUAAAGCGCAACACGCAAGAACUACAGUAUCGACAUUGUGCAUCUUUAAAUUAAUACUUAUGUGGAAAAUACGAAAUCGGGAAGCCAAAAUGCUGAAUGUGUUUUCAACAACACGCCUCGCCCUAGAUAGGCGAUAAUUAAAAAUUCUUCGGUCCCUUGUUAAUGUUUCUCGUCGAUAUGGUUUGAGAAGGUCUUGACGCAUAGCGAAGGCUUCAUCCCCAACAAAAACAUAUCUUAAAACUCUGUUUGAACUUCCAAUGGAUCUGGGUUUUGGAAUUUUUAACUCGUUGUUAACGAGAUUUUCAUAAAAUUGAGUGUUAUUUAUGACUCCUCCAUCUGAGAUCCGACCAUUUGUUCCUAUAUCACAAUACAAAAACUCGCAAUUGGCAUUGGCUAUUGCCAUAAGAACAACACUGUGGGUUUUUUUGUGAUUGAAAUAAUAGGACCCACUUCCCUUAGGUGGCACAAUUCUAAUAUGUUUUCCGUCAAUUGACCCUAAACAAUGAGGGAACUGCCACAUUCUUUCAAACUCCGCUGCAACUUCCAUCCACUCCUCUUCAGUCUUGGGAAACUGAAACAAAACAAAAAAGAAGAAAUAUUGCAAGAGUUUCAUCCUCAUUGAAAAUUUGUAAAAAUAAUAAAAAUAUGGAGAUCAAUUAUAACAGCUGGGCCUAGUUGAAAGUUGUGUGUAUAUUUUUGGCUUCAAAAUUUUCUGAAAUAACUUAAUUUAUUCAAAGUGUGGUGAUA